GUGACCCGCAACGCCUAAAGCAGGAGGCAUUAGGAGGGGGAAAAAAAAAUCUUUAGUGUCCAAGGCUCGGAAGGGAAGCACACAGACCACCAUGUGUGAGCUGUACAGCAAGCAGGACACCCUGGCACUGCGGGGAAAACACAUCGGGCCCUCGUGCAAAGUUUUCUUUGCUGCGGAUCCCAUCAAAAUAACACGAGCCCAGGGGCAGUACAUGUUUGACGAGAAAGGCAAACGGUACUUGGACUGCAUUAACAAUGUGGCGCAGGUGGGACACUGCCACCCACAAGUGGUCAAGGCCGCCGCGAAACAGAUGGAAUUACUAAAUACGAAUUCUCGCUUCCUCCAUGACAACAUCGUAGAGUUUGCCAGGCGCCUUUCAGCCACCCUGCCUCAGAAGCUCUCCGUCUGCUACUUUACGAACUCCGGAUCUGAAGCCAACGACUUAGCCUUACGCCUGGCACGGCAGUUCCGAGGCCACCAAGACGUGAUCACUCUUGACCAUGCUUACCAUGGUCACCUGUCGUCACUAAUUGAGAUAAGCCCUUACAAGUUUCAGAAGGGUACAGAUGUCAAGAAGGAAUUUGUACAUGUGGCUCCAGCUCCAGAUACGUACAGAGGGAAAUAUAGAGAGGACCAUGAAGACCCAGCCACAGCAUAUGCGGACGAAGUGAAAAAAAUCAUUGAAGAAGCUCACAGCAAUGGAAGAAAGAUUGCUGCCUUUAUUGCUGAAUCCAUGCAGAGUUGUGGUGGACAAAUUAUUCCUCCAGCAGGCUACUUCCAGAAAGUGGCUGAACACGUUCGCAGAGCAGGGGGCGUGUUCAUUGCUGACGAAGUUCAGGUGGGCUUUGGCAGAGUCGGGAGGCAUUUCUGGAGUUUCCAGAUGCACGGAGAAGACUUCGUUCCGGACAUCGUCACUAUGGGGAAACCUAUGGGCAACGGUCAUCCAGUAUCCUGUGUGGUGACAACCAAAGAAAUUGCAGAAGCGUUCAGCAGCUCAGGCAUGGAGUAUUUCAAUACGUAUGGAGGAAAUCCCGUGUCUUGUGCGGUUGGUUUGGCUGUGCUGGAUAUAAUCGAGAACGAAAAUCUUCAAGGAAAUGCUGUCAGAGUGGGAGAUUAUCUCACUGAGUUGCUGAAUGAGCAGAAGGCCAAGCAUCCUUUGAUAGGGGAUGUCAGGGGUGCUGGCCUCUUCAUCGGCAUUGAUUUGGUGAAGGACCAGGAGAAAAGAACACCUGCAACAGCUGAAGCGCAGCACGUCAUCUACAAGAUGAAAGAUAAAGGAGUACUUCUCAGUGCCGACGGCCCUCAUAGGAAUGUGCUAAAAAUAAAACCACCCAUGUGCUUCACAGAAGAAGACGCCAAGUUCAUGGUGGGCCACCUUGAUGCCAUUUUAACAGUUUUAGAAGUCAUGGAAUCCAAGAGUGACAGUAUGAUCUCUGAGAACCCAGCUUGCAGAACAAAGAUGUCUAAGGAAGUUCACAUGGACUUACCCAACCAUAGCGCCACGGAGUCUAGAGAAAGCCACAGCAGAAAGAGAAAUGGUGUAUGCUCAGAUCAGCAUGCGCUGCUCAGCAAACGACUCAAGACAUGAAAGAAGAAUGUUAGACAGCAGAAAAAUACCCAGGGAUAAAGCGAGCGAGUGGACUCAUCUCACCUCUUAGUAAUCCUUUAGAUCAGAAUUUUUCAAUCUGCCCAACUUGUACAUUAAAAGACAGAUUAGUAAUACUGUUAAACUAUGUCAACAUUAUUAAUUCACCCUCUUGCCUAGUAAUUCCUUCCCUGCGAUUCUGAGGUUAUUUAUUUUACCAUAACUGAGUUUUCAAAUGCAAGAAUGAAGCUGUAUGCCUUACUUCUCAUGUUGUAAUGUUGGAAAUUAGAGAAGCAAGUAUUUUUAAUCAUAAGAAAUAUUCUAAAAUGGUUAAAUAUAUGAACUUUAUUUAUGGAUUUUAAUAAAAGAUGAUAUAAACAAAAAUGAUGUCUAUAAAA